AUGUGUGACUGGGAGGAAUUUCUCUUCACCUGCAACCACUCGAUUGUACGGCUGAAGUCGUACUGUCAUUUCGCUCGCAACGACCCGAACCACCAAUGCUUCGGUGUCAAGGUUCUCCGCAACUCGUGGCGACAAAGCGUGCCGUGCGAUAACUGCAUGUCGGCCUGGAGGGACCAGAAGAAUCCGUGUUUUGCCGCCGGGCUCAACGGAGAGGGGCAUAUCGGCGGCCGGGGCCGGCGUCAUUGA